AUGUUGGGUUUUAGCAGAAACGUUGUCAACAAGUCUUACAAGUCGGAAGUCCCUUUCGAGAAAAGGGAAGCAGAAGCUGCUCGCAUUAGAGAGCAUCAUCCUGAUAGAGUACCAGUGAUUGUUGAAAAGGCGAACAAAAGUGAUGUGCCUGAUAUUGAGAAGAACAAAUACCUGGUGCCUGCCGAUAUUACUGUUGGGCAUUUAGUCUUUGUGAUCCGGAAAAAGAUCAAGCUUGAUCCUGACCAGGCAAUUUUUGUUUUCGUUAAGGAUAUUUUGCCACCAACAGCUGCUUUAAUGUCUUCAAUUUAUGAGAAACGUAAGGAUGAAGAUGGUUUUCUUUAUAUGACAUACAGUGGCGAGAGCACGUUUGGGAUUUUACUCUAUAACAUGUUAUCAACAGCUCUUGAGCUGAUAGCUCCACCACCUUCAAAAUCCACUGUCCCGAUUUUUCUUCUUUUUGAAAAAGCCCCAGGUCCCCUCGGCUCCUCCGUCGCACUUCGGUCGUCGCCGAUCACAUCUCCGAUCCAAUUUUUCCUGCUUUUUCGAUCGAUCAAAGAUUUGAAGAUUUGUAAGAUCAUUUUGUGCCUUGCUGCAUUUGCUAAACUCCUAGCUCAAAUUAUGAAACUCAAGGCACACCACCCUGAUCAUCUGAUCAAGUCUAUUCGAUUGGACAAUGCAGGAGAGUUUACAUCAAAAUCUUUUGAUGAUUAUUUCUUAUCUAUUGGGAUUGAUGUUGAACAUCUCGUUCCCCAUGUUCAUUCACAGAACAAUCUUGCUGAAGCAACAACCAAGCGGUUACAGCUUGUGGCUCAGGCAUUGGGGAUGCGCACCAAUCUACCCGUAUUUGCAUGUGAUCAUGCAAUUUUACAUGCAGUUGUACUUAUUCGUUUCAGACCCACCGUCAACUAA